AUGGAGAACAAGAAUGGAGGAGACAAGCCUCAAGUGUCUGGCGUUGAGACCGCCGCGGGCUUCACAGCAGGCGUCGUGUCGACGCUGAUUUUCCACCCGCUAGAUGUCAUAAAGACGCGUCUGCAGGUGAACCUCCAGACCGCGACUGGCCCGACGAAGCCGAAGCCACGGCCGCUCUCUACCAUGGACGUCGUGCGGAGCUUCACGAAGGCCAAGAACCCGGUCCUAGCGGCAUACCGCGGCCUCCCCGUCAACCUGGUCGCCAACUCGGCGAGCUGGGCCUUCUUCUUCCAAUUCAAGGAAACCUUCGAGGACGCCAUCGCCGACAUGGGGUACCCGCUCAUGUCGGGCGACAAACCCUCGGGCCUGGGCUACUUUGUCACCUCGGGGCUCGCGGGCGUGACAACCUCGUGCAUCACCAACCCACUCUGGCUGCUCAGGACGCGUAUCACGUCGACCGACCGGCACACGGCCGAGGCGUACCCCAACAUGCGGGCCGGCGCCCUGCGCGUGUACCGCGGCGAGGGCCUCAAGGGGUUCUACAAGGGUCUCGGCACCAGCCUCAUCGGCACCUCCCACGGCGCUAUCCAGUUCGCGCUGUACGAGCCGCUGCGCAACGCCUACUUCACCUGGAAGGGCGACAAGGAGAAGCAGAAGAUGUCCACCGAGGCGACGCUCGCCAUCUCCACCGCGGCCAAGACCACCGCCACCGUGGUCACCUUCCCGCACCAGGUCGUUAGGAAUCGCCUCCAGAACCAGCGCGGCACCGACGUCUACGGCGCCGGCAUCUCGGGCGUCGUGAGGAAGAUGUGGCAGGAGGGCGGCGUCAGGCCCUUCUACAGGGGCAUCGUGCCCGGCUUGCUUAGGACGCUGCCGUCAACCUGGGUGACGUUCAUGGUCAUCGAGUACGUCCGCUUCCACCUGCCCCGAUGGCUCGACGAGACCGACGGUGGUGGUGUUUCUGGGGAGUGA